AUGUCCCUGCACUGGCUUUCCUCAGCGGUGCUCCUGCUCUUUUUGUUGGUAUGCUGCGGCGGCAGUGGGGCUGGGGCCAACGCUGCGAAGACCCCAGAGGCGUCGAAGGAGUUUGAGCUCUUCAAGCCAGGGGAAACUCCAGGGUUUGCUGCUGGGGAAGAGGGCGACAAUGCUCUUUACGAAAGUGUCUCCUCUUUCUACGGUCACUCCCUUCUUGAGAUGAGGGGUGUGCUGGUUGCCCUUGCCGUCGGCGCACGCGACGACAGAGGGAGCAACGUGGGUUUUGACCUUUGGGCGAAGUACAGUGCGCACGGGGCAGAUGAAAAGUUGAAGGAAGACGUUGCAUGGGAAGGAAAAGAGUGGAGGACGCAGCUGGUGACGAAGCGACAGGGAGAAGCGAUUCGCAAUAGGGAACUGUUUGGUCCGAAGGCUCUGGUGACGGAGAGCAAAAUAUAUCUGCUUCUGUCAACAGUGGCGAUGACCGGCACUUAUCCGCCUCUUGCAGAUGGCUGGGACCUUGUGCUGAUCGUUGGUGACGUUCCGAAGCCCGUGGAAGGGGAGAAACCGAUCGCGUGGGGGGAGCCCACGUCGGUGAAGUCGGCGCUUGCCGAACAGAUGCAGAAGAACUCAUGGGCCGGGCUGUACGUUGCCGGAGGCGCCAGAGGCGUUGCGGUGGGGGACGCGACAAUUCUCUUCCCUCUUGCGGGAGCUACCCACGGGGAAGCAGGCGCACGUGCCUGCACCGUCGUUUACUCCGACGACAGGGGGAGUAGCUGGAAGUUUCCUGCGGCGCCUGUGAUUGCUCAGGGCUGUGACGGUGCCACGCUUCUCGAGUGGGCAGACAAACUCUUCAUGGCCACCUCUGGACCUUCUCCGUGGCGGCGCAGGGUCUUCGAAUCCGGGGACAAGGGGAAGACGUGGAACGAGGCAGCCGGGCCCUUCGCACGCCUGUUGGGCGACGCAUACGUGUUGUCUAUGGGCUCCGGUGCUUCCGACCUCAUCAGUGCAACCA